AUGAAGGCUGAAUCACAACAAUCAACAUUCCUGUGGGUGGAUGCAAUCUGUAUCAACCAGAAUGAUUUAACAGAGCAAGCAAUUGAAGUCAAGCGUAUGGGAAUGAUUUAUUCCUCUGCCGAAACAGUCAUUGUAUGGAUUGGGGCACCCAGGAUUGAAAGCGAUGCGCCUAACUUGCGAUAUAUUCUACGCAGAUUAGACCGGACUAGACAAGAUAUUGACCCCAAAUUGCUCGACUCAGAAUGGCCGGUCUGGUCCGAUAAUAAUUCCUCGCGGAUGAUAAAUCAGUUCUUUUCGAAAGAAUGGUGGCAGCGAACUUGGGUCUUUCAAGAAAUCGUACUUGCAAAAAACAUUUUCUUACAUUAUGGCACUGUUUCUUUCACUUGGGACACAGUCAGUAGCUCACAGCUACAUUUUUAUUAUCUCCACUCAAAUUGUGCACUUCCACCGGGUACGAUACCUGAAGGAGUUUUCAAGGCUAUGAGGAGAGUUCUGACCAUCAAUUUUGUCAGAGAUAGCAGAGCGCGUGGUCUCAAAGUUCGACUAACUCAGCUAUUGUGUAUGGAUAGGAGGUCGUUUUGCUCCGAUCCACGAGAUCGUAUAUAUGGGCUUCUGGGUCUUGCAGAGGACCGCGAUGUCGUGAGCCCUGAUUAUACGAAACCUAUUCGGUGGGUCCUCCAAGAUGUAGUACAAAGUCUCAUAAAAAAGGGCAAAUCCUUGAAUGUCAUCUGCAUGCUACCGAAGUUUCAUAAGAUGGAUGGUCUACCCUCUUGGCUUCCUGACUUCACCGCAUCUUCACCUCCGCGGAACUUCAUGAGUUUCCUGUCGAAAGACCCAAAUACGUUUCAUGUAUUCAUGGCAUCCGGAACAAUGCCUUUCUCUGGAGUACAGGUAAAAGCGGGUGUUCUCUCGGCAAAAGGAAUAAUAUUAGACGUUGUUGAUGGCAUGGGUUCAGCCACUGUUGUGAGCCGAUCGACUCGUCCCUCUCUGCCAAGUCACGAAAAUCUGCAACAAUCAACUACAAAUAACUCACGCUACCCUAGCAAGAAUGACCUGUUCCAUGCUAUCUGGAGGACGCUAGUGUCAUCUCGAACAACUCAUGAUACCAAAGCAACUUCUGCGAGCGGAGCUGUAUAUCUCACAUUCAAGUCAGUGACAAUACCAAAGGAAAAUUGGCUAUUGGAAGACGUAUGGAAGUGGAAAGAAUUAGACGAGAUCAGGCUCUUUUACGCCAACAAUGCAAUGCUAAAAGUCGCUGGAAAAUCCUUGAGUGAUUGGAUAAAUCUUGCACUUCCAGUAUUUGAGCCAAAUCUUGACGCUUCUGUCAAGGGCGUCAAGAAUGAAAUUAGGUAUUUACCAUACCAUGUUAAAAGUACUCUACGAAAUCAAAGGUUUCUUGUGACGGCAUCUGGAUAUAUUGGAUACGUGCCGAAUGAAACAAAACGUGGGGAUACAAUAUGCAUACUGUAUGGCAUGGACGUACCGGUGGUUCUGCGAAAAAAUCAGGAUAAAACUUUUGAAGUCAUUGGGCCAUGCUAUGUUCAUGGUGUAAUGGAAGGUGAAUUGAUGAACGAUCUGCAAAAUGGAGUUUUUGAGGAGAUUGUUUUCGAUAUUACUUGA